UUUUAAAAAAAUCCACCCUUAAAUAAAAAAGAAAAAAAAUGAAAAUUUUCAGUGGUGUAAAAACCUCAACAAAAAAAAUUUUGGUACGUUAAUGGUUAUAUCAAAUAGCCCAUAGUAGCUCCCGACCAGAAAACAUAAACGUACAAUUUUGUGAACUGUAGAUACUCCGAUGACACCCAUAUUUAUAUACAUGAUACCUGAACCGAAAGUCAACAUGUUCUACUUCCGAGAAGGUUCCUCACCCAUAGCUACAUAAAAAUCAAACAAGGAUUGUCUUCUGUUUUUACAAUAUAAUAAUAUAUACACAUGUUUCCAUCUAUCUAUAUAUGUGUGUAACGAAUCAGAGAAGGUUUAACACAACCACCGCCAACACUCAAUUCUCUUUCUCUGUUUUUGCUUCAAACACCAUGCUCUGUUAAGCCCCUUCAUCUCUGAGUUUCCUUCCUUUCAUUUUUUAUCUCUGUUAUUUAUCAUGACAUUUAUUCUUUAGAAUUUUCUGUUGUUCUUAUCUGAAAGAUUCUUUGAUUCGGGUUCUUUUUUUUAGGUCUGGAGGGUAGUUUAGAACUUUCUCAGGUGUUUGUUUUUUGUUUUAUUUUGUUUUGUAAUAAUCAAUUUUUUUGGGGUUUCGUUGGCAAUAAUUUUGUUAGAGGAAGAUAUAGUUUCAUCUGGUUUGGGUUGUUGUGAUCUGACUUAGUUUUUUCAAGAUUGAAUGAUUAUGGAUCCAAGUUUCACAGAAUAUUCAGAUUUCACAAAUGGGUCCAAAAUCGAAAAGCAGACCAGUAUAUCCAAUUCAAAUGAGUAUUCAGUUCUCUCAGAUGACUACACACUGAACCAACACUCUCCAUAUUUUGACUUCAUUAAUGAUUACCCAAACCUUUUUUUUCCACCUGAUCCUGACCCUGGUAAUUUCAUGCCCUCCAUUAACUUGUCUUCUUUGGAAGAACCAUCUUUACCUUCUUCCACACUGAGCCCAGAUGGAAACUCAUCUACUCCUCCAAGUCUGAGCCCAGGGGGUGACUCCUCCAACGAUGAAAAAGAAUUCUCAAUUUAUGUUCUCAAGUUCAUCAACCAGAUCCUUAUGGAAGAAAACAUGGACGAGAAACCCAGUUCGUUUAAUGAUCCCAUGAGUCUUCAAGUCACUGAGAAAUCAUUCUAUGAUGCCCUUGGUGAGAGUUAUCCUUAUUCAACCAACCAGUCUCCUACAGAUGAUAAAGCUGAGACCCCAGAUAGCAAUUUUUCAGUAAGCUCUAACGACUAUGGGGGCAGUAAUACUAGUACUAUUACUAUCGACAGUAACAGUAACAGUCAUGAUGCUAAUAGCCCUGGUCUAGGAGACUAUAAAGCCUCUCCAUUUCAGCCCUUUGUUCCCGGUGACAACAAUUUCCAGUUUGAUUUGGUUUCGGCUCAGAAUAUAUUUAGGAACAGUGAUUCAAUCUCUCAGUUUCAGAGAGGUUUUGAGGAAGCAAGUAAGUUCCUCCCUAAAGGUAAUCAGCUCAUCAUUGAUCUGGAGAGUAAUGGAUUCUCACCCCAGUUGAAGACAGAUGCUGUAGUUGUGAAAACUGAGAGGGAAAGCUCACCUAACGGGUUGAGGGGAAGGAAGAAUCAUGAGAGGGAAGAUGAUGAUUCAGAAGAAAACAGAAGUAAUAAGCAGUCUGCGCAGUAUAUAGAUGAGAGUGAGUUAUCAGAGAUGUUUGAUAAAGUGUUGCUUCAAGUUGAUCAUAGGUGCGACCACAGCGGUGAGACUGAACCUGCACAGAGUGAAGCAAGCAAGGCCUUGCAGCCGGCUGAGUCUAAUGCCAAUGGCAAAAAGGGUCGCGGCAAGAGACAGAACAAAAAGAAGGAAACUGUGGAUUUGAGAACCCUUUUGAUUCUGUGCGCUCAAGCUGUGUCCAGUGAUGAUAGAAGGACUGCAUAUGAGAUUUUAAAGCAGAUUAGGCAGCAUUCUUCUCCUAAUGGGGAUGGAUCCCAGAGAUUGGCCCAUUUCUUUGCCAAUGGCCUUGAUGCUCGUUUGGCUGGAAUUGGAACUGGAGCCUUAUUCUAUAGUAACUUACUUGCCAAUGUGAAAGCUUCUGACCUUUUGAAAGCAUACCACCUUAAUCUUUCUACUUGUCCUUUCAAGAAGAUGGCCAUGUUCUUUGCGAACAAGAUGAUCAUGCAGGUGGCUGAGAAAGCAACAACGCUUCACAUCGUUGAUUUCGGUAUCCUCUAUGGUUUUCAGUGGCCAAUCUUCAUCCAGUAUCUCUCAAAAAGAGAUGGUGGACCUCCUAAUCUUCGUAUUACAGGUAUAGAGUUCCCUCAGAAUGGUUUCCGGCCAAAACAGAGAAUUGAAGAGACAGGGCGGCGCUUAACAAAGUACUGCGAACGGUUUGGGGUGCCUUUCAGGUACAAUGCCAUAGCAACAAAGAAUUGGGAUUGCAUAAGCGUUGAGGACAUAGAGAUUGAAAGCAACGAAGUCGUUGCUGUGAAUUGUUUGAUGAGGUUCAACAACGUGCUAGAAGAAACUGUUGAAAACUGCCCAAGAGAUGCUGUUCUGAGACUUAUCAGGAAGAUAAAUCCAACCAUUUUUGUUAAUAACAUUGUCAAUGGAUCCUACAACGCUCCAUUUUUUGUUACUCGUUUUCGUGAACUCAUGUUCCACUUCUCUGCCUUGCUUGACAUGCUGGACACCAACGUAUCCAAGGAAAACGAAGAGAGGUUGAUGUAUGAAAGAGAAUUCUAUGGGCGGGAGAUAGUGAAUGUGAUAGCAUGUGAAGGAGAAGACAGAGUGGAGAGGCCUGAGACGUACAAGCAGUGGCACGUUCGGAGCUUGAGAGCCGGUUUUCGGUCACUCCCUCUCAACCAAGAGAUCAUGGGCAAAUUUAAAGACAAGUUGAGAACAUGGUACCACAAGGAUUUUGUGAUUGAUGAAGACACCAACUGGAUGCUUCAAGGAUGGAAAGGAAGGAUUGUUUAUGCUUCCUCAUGUUGGGUCCCUGCAUAGGGUCCUCACUCAAAUUAAUAUUUAUUUACUUCAUUCAAACACUACUCAUUAUUAUUAGAUUAGCUAUGAGUGGCCACAUCAUCAAUCAAUUUUGAUUUUGAUCUACUCAUUUCUUCUGUUUUGAUACUGCAAAUGUACCUGUUGUAUUGUAAUAUAAAGCUUGAUCCUCUUUUCAA